CCUGAACCUUCCCCAUGAUGCCAUGGCUGCGGGCGGUUUUCCGGGUGGCAGCCGGGGCCCCUGUCACUCCUCCCAUGCAGAGCUGGAAAACCUCCGUGCCCGACUGGCGCAGGAGGAGCACGCCAUUGCUCACUACAAGCAGCACAGCGGUCCGGUGGAACUGUGGUGUUUCUCCCCAGCAGAUGGGAACCACCUGAACCUGCGCGCUGCGCCGCACUUGGACGCUUCUGGGUCAGGACAUGCACUGGCACCAGGGGAUCGCUUCGAAGUGGUGGAGAAGGUGCAAGGUAAUGAUGAGGUGACCUUCCUUCGCUUGCGUGACGGCCGUGGCUGGGCCUUUGACGGCAAGCCCAGCAGCUCCAUCUGGGGCUGGUUACCUUUUGCCUCCGGCAGUCAGAAGAUGGUACUGUGCAGCCCUGUGCAUCCGCCGGUGCCCCCAGUGCUAGGCACUGGAGCUGCUGCAGCUGGGGCUUUUGUGGGGCGCCAGGGAACUACACCUUCCAUUUUUGCAUCACGGUUUCCCACCGCGCAAUCUGAGCCCGUGCAGCCGGAAACACCGGAGAUGGGGGUUGGACUGCUUGGGAGGACCCGGGGCGGGGACAUGGGAUGCUUAAUUUGA